GACUGCAGGGCGGCAGUAUUCAAUAGUCUUAAAAGUGACUGCGCGAGAAGUUGAUUGCGAGGACCAGUGCGGAAAGUUACAUUUAUUUAGUGAAUACACGUAAGAAUAAACAUUGAAAUUAGUGCAGUGCAGCUGUUCUAUCGUGUUUUUGUGUUUCACUACUAAUUUAUAUCUUAUUAAAUAACGAAAAUGCCAGAAGACAUAACGAUGACUGAAGCCGACGAAGUUGAGACCUUCGCCUUCCAGGCUGAAAUUGCACAGUUAAUGAGCUUGAUAAUCAACACUUUCUACUCGAACAAAGAAAUCUUUCUUCGUGAAAUAAUCUCAAACUCAUCUGAUGCUUUAGAUAAAAUCCGCUAUGAGUCCCUUACUGAUCCAUCCAAAAUAGACACAUGCAAAGAACUGUUCAUUAAGAUCAUUCCUAAUAAGAAUGACCGCACUUUAACCGUUCUUGACUCUGGCAUUGGUAUGACCAAGGCUGAUCUUGUAAACAAUUUGGGUACCAUUGCCAAGUCAGGCACAAAGGCAUUCAUGGAAGCUCUUCAAGCUGGUGCAGACAUUUCUAUGAUUGGUCAGUUUGGUGUGGGUUUCUACUCUGCUUAUUUAGUUGCCGACAAAGUUACCGUUGUCUCUAAGCACAAUGACGAUGAACAAUACUUGUGGGAGUCUUCUGCUGGUGGUUCAUUCACAGUCCGUCCAGACAAUGGCGAACCAAUUGGAAGGGGUACAAAGAUAAUUUUACACAUCAAGGAAGAUCAGACAGAAUACUUAGAAGAAUCAAAAAUUAAAGAAAUUGUUAAAAAACACUCACAAUUCAUUAGCUACCCGAUUAUACUUGUUGUUGAAAAAGAGAGAGACAAGGAAUUGAGUGACGAUGAAGAAGAAGAACCAGUGAAAGAAGAAGAAGAGGAUCAAGAUGAAAAGCCUAAGAUUGAAGAUGUAGAAGAAGGUGAGGAUGAGGAGAAAUCAAAGGAUGAGAAAAAGAAAAAAAAGACAAUUAAGGAAAAGUAUACUGAAGAUGAAGAACUCAACAAGACAAAACCAAUUUGGACGAGAAACCCAGAUAAUGUUACUCAAGAAGAAUACGGUGAAUUUUAUAAGAGUUUGACCAAUGACUGGGAGGACCAUUUGGCUGUGAAACACUUUUCUGUAGAAGGUCAGUUGGAGUUCCGCGCGUUGCUUUUUAUUCCACGACGUGCUCCCUUCGACCUUUUUGAAAACAAGAAGAGGAAGAACAACAUCAAGUUAUAUGUACGUAGGAUCUUCAUUAUGGAGAACUGUGAAGACCUUAUUCCUGAAUAUCUUAACUUUAUCAAAGGUGUUGUGGACAGUGAAGAUCUUCCAUUAAACAUUUCUCGUGAAAUGCUGCAACAGAAUAAAAUUCUUAAAGUUAUCAGGAAGAAUCUUGUCAAAAAAUGUUUAGAACUUUUCGAGGAAUUGUCAGAAGAUAAGGAAAACUAUAAGAAAUGUUAUGAACAAUUUAGCAAGAAUUUGAAAUUAGGUAUUCAUGAAGAUAGUCAGAAUAGGAAAAAACUCGCAGAGUUGCUAAGGUAUUAUACAUCUGCCUCUGGUGAUGAAAUGUGUUCAUUGAAGGAAUAUGUUGGCAGAAUGAAGGAGAAUCAAAAACACAUCUACUACAUAACUGGUGAAAGCAGAGAGCAAGUAGCUAAUAGUGCAUUCGUCGAAAGGGUUAGAAAACGUGGCUUUGAAGUAGUGUACAUGACAGAGCCUAUUGAUGAAUAUGCUGUACAGCAACUCAAAGAAUUUGAUGGAAAACAGCUGGUAUCUGUAACAAAAGAAGGUUUGGAGCUUCCAGAAGAUGAGGAAGAGAAGAAGAAACGCGAAGAAGAUAAGGCUAAGUUUGAGAAUCUUUGCAAAGUUAUGAAAGAGAUUCUGGAUAAGAAGGUGGAGAAAGUUGUUGUAUCUAAUAGGUUAGUUGAUUCUCCAUGCUGUAUUGUUACAUCACAAUAUGGAUGGUCAGCAAACAUGGAAAGGAUAAUGAAGGCACAAGCUCUCAGAGACACAUCGACAAUGGGAUACAUGACUGCCAAGAAACACUUGGAAAUCAACCCAGACCACCCCAUCAUGGAAAAUUUGAGACAGAAGGCUGAAGCAGACAAGCAUGACAAGUCUGUGAAAGAUCUUGUAAUGCUUCUCUUCGAAACAGCACUGUUGUCCUCUGGCUUUGCUUUAGAAGAACCACAAGUACAUGCAUCCAGAAUAUAUAGAAUGAUCAAGCUGGGUCUUGGCUUUGACGAAGACGAGACAGUAAAUGUAGAAGAAGAAAAGAUGGACACAGAAGUUCCUCCACUAGAAGGUAAUUCAGAAGAAGCAUCCAGGAUGGAAGAAGUAGAUUAGGACCAUAUCAAAUAAAAUUACUGAACUAAAUCCAAAGACUUAUAGAAUGUAGAAAGAAGACUGUUACAAAUUACUUAGCAUUAAUAAUUUUUUUUAUUUGUUCUCAUUU